AUGUCUUGCUGUUCCUACCCAGUCAGCACCUGCCGCCGUGUGGCCAACUUCAGCUCUUACUCGGCCGUGACAGUGCGGAACCUGAGCCACUUCCGGGCCAGCUCGGUCUCCUGCAGAAGUGGGCCCGGCUUCCGGGCAGGCUCUGGCAGUCGGAGCGUGAACAACCUGGCAUCCCGCGCACCCCGGGUAGCAGCUGUGGGCCCUCGUGGCAUCCGCGCCGGAGCUGGCCUUGGUUUUGGCAACGGCAGCAGGGUGGGUCUGGGGUUCGGAGUUGGCAGCGGCCUUGGCCAUGGCUUUGGAGGCCAUGGGUUUGGCUACCGAGUCGGAGGACUCAGAGGCCAGGCAGCUCCAUCUAUCACAGCCGUGACUGUUAACCAGAGCCUGCUGAGCACCCUGAACCUGGAGAUUGACCCCAGUGCCCAGCAGGUGAAGACGGAUGAGAAGGAGCAAAUCAAGAUUCUCAACAACAAGUUUGCCUCCUUCAUCGACAAGGUACAGUUCCUGGAGCAGCAGAAUAAGCUCCUGGAGACCAAGUGGAGCCUCCUGCAAGAGCAGAGAUGUGCCAGCAGCAACCUGGAGCCUCUCCUUGAGAACCACAUCAGCAGCCUGCACAGGGAGCUGGACGGCCUCAUCAGCGACCAGGCCCGGCUCCAAGCCGAGAGGAACCACACACAGAACAUCCUGGAAGGCUUCAAGAGGAAGUAUGAAGAGGAGGUGGGCUUCCGGGCCAAUGCUGAGAAUGAGUUCGUAGCUCUGAAGAAGGCUGUGGACGAGGCUUUCCUGGGGAAGUCGGACCUGGAGGCCAACGUGGAUAUCCUGACGCAGGAGCUGCACUUCCUAAGGGCACUGUUCGUGGAGGAGAGCCAGCUGCUGCAGUCCCAAGGCUCAGAGACCUCGGUGGUGGUGAAGAUGGACAACAGCCGGGACCUGAACCUUGACGGCAUCAUUGCUGAAGUCAAGGCCCAAUAUGAGGAGGUGGCCAGGCGCAGCCGGGCGGACGCCCAGGCCUGGUACCACACCAAGUACGAGGAGAUGCGGGUGACAGCUGGCCAGCACCGGGACAACCUGCGCGUCACUCGCGACGAGAUCAACGACCUGAGCCGGCUGAGACAGAGGCUGAAGGCAGAAGUGGAACACACCAAGGCACAGCGUGCCAGGCUAGAAGCCACGCUGGCCGAGGCGGAGCAGCAGGGCGAGGCGGCCCUGAGCGAUGCCGGCUGCAAGCUGGCCGAGCUGGAGGCCGCCCUGCAGCGGGCCAAGCAGGACCUGGCCCGGCAGCUGCGCGAGUACCAUGAGCUCAUGAACGCCAAGCUGGGCCUGGACCUCGAGAUCGCCACCUACCGGCGGCUGCUGGAAGGCGAGGAGCACAGGAUCUGUGAAGGUGUCGGACCAGUGAACAUAUCCGUGAGCAGCUCCCGGGGCGGCCUGCUGUGCGGGCCUGAGUCCUCGGUGGCCAGCUCCACCCCCACCCGCGGCGGGGUCACCUUCUCAGGCAGUAGCGGUGUCCACACCACCACGGGCAUGGCCUCUGCCCCCAGCGGCCCCUGUCCCCUGGCCACCGAGGGCGGCUUUAGCAGCCACAGCUCCAGUGUCCACUUUGCAUCCACCACCACCUCCCACCGGACCAAAUACUAA